AGUUUUGUGUGACAUGAGAAAACAUCGGCGAAGAGGAAAUGUCUACGCCAGCUGCUACCUUGGUUUUGUAGUUGAAUUUCAGAAUUUGUGUAGAAAAAGAUGAAUAAUAUGGCCACCUCCGUAUCCGAGAUGUCCUCGUCAAAAAGCACUUCUCCUCCGGUCGCGCAACCAACUGCUACUCCCGCACUGACCAUUUCCUCGGAGCCUGCCUCAUCAUCAUUGUUUUCAAUUAUCAGCGACUUGCCAGGGUUCCUCAACGAUGUGGUACUCAACGCACUGAUGAAAUCCAGGGAUGGACAAGAAGAUUCCUCCAGGCAAAUGAUGACCACGGUGUGGUUCGUUUCACUUGUUGUAGCCCUCGUCAGCACUGUUGGAACUGCUCUGACGGUGUGGAAUCGUAAGUAUGUGGCUGAGCAGAUCAUCGUCGGCGUCCUCUAUCUCUGGAGCAAGGGCAGAAGACUGAAGCUUAGGAACAAUUGAUUAUUAAUCUUCUACGCAGGGCUAGUUAGUCUUUUGAUUAAUCACCGUCUAGUCUUGACACAUUAUUUGACCGAGAUCCAUCCCCUUUAUUUCAAUAUUCUUGUUUGUGUCUUUCGCUGUACGGCUAUGCUAUGGUUGAUUCGAAUGAAAUAAGAAGUGCAUUGACCAUAGCAAGACAGGUUGCGGCAGUAGCGCUUUCUGGGGAAGAAAGGACGGGCUUCUUGUCAAAAUUAUAACAAAGGUGCGACAAGACCAAGAGCAACCGCCCACGCUUUCACUAGUACAAUCUAGGUCUUCUAAGAAGCGACACUUCUUCGGCGAUCCUUUAGCGGAGCGGUUGCGAAACGCGCCGUCGGUCGUUUCCUUGCCCUCUGAUGAUUAAUGUGCUAUUCACGGAAAUGUCGCAAUAUUAUACGUAGAUACUUAAACAUUUUGGAUAUUGACACUAACUUUAACUUCCUAAAGGAAGAUCGAGUUCGUGGUGACACGACGGAGACAGUGUCCGCUGAGCAUCUCAUGGUGGAUUGAGAUCGACGAUCCAAUCUCCAUUGUCUAGAGCAUACAUUGGAGAUGAAGCAACCAUUUGACCAUGGAAAAUGCAUUGGACAAAUGAGGAUAUUAGCUGGUACUACGUACUAACAAGAAGUUGUCCUCGUCAUGAUCGGUCUUUUUUCUAAAUUGACGGCGAUGCUGCAGCUGAUUCGGCAACUACGAGUGCAUCGACAUCUUCUCGCGGGACCAGAAGUUCCUCAAGAUACCGUGGUAGCUCACGCGGCAGGAAGUCCACGCCUGCGUCGCCCAAAGGUAACAAGAAGCCGGCAAGUCCGGCGAAGACGCCAAGUGUGGCAGAUAGCACGGGAGAUGCCAAGCCGGACCUUGGGGAAAAGAUCAAAGGCAAGGUGAAGAGACUCUUUAACAAGAACAAAAAUUGAAUUCAACCCCAAACCCAAGGGCUUCAUCAAGUAGCAGUCCGCUCUUUUUAGUUUUUCUCUUCAUGAAAGGAAGAGUUUUCCACUAAUCACUCCAUCAAAACCAACAUUUUCACUCGUCUACAUCUUCAUACAUGAGCAUUCCUUUGAAAUAUCUUAAAUGGUCGUCGCCGGAGGACGUUUUCGGACCAAUACAGUACUUACUUAGAAAUUUGUCGACAUUACUUUGACCACGCUCGUCACUUUCGUUGCGCUAUAACGCAGCUGAUUCUUGGCGUCGCUUCUAUCAUAGAUUUUGAGUAGUAUAAUAAAUUAAUAUUUUUAAGAAGUGAUUCGUGCGAGUACUACUACCACCCUGAAAUAAAACGUUUACUACUUUGAAAGAACUUAACUUUCUGUACUGUAGUAAAAAGCACAUAAUCUUUCUAUCACGCAUCAUCGUCAGCUUCAUGCUAAAUUUUCCUUGUUUUUCUCGUUCUCUAGCCAAGGCAAAAAACAUAUUUUGUGUCGUGGUUGCAAGCGGAAAUCGUAGGUGAUGGCAACGUCACUCAACGUGUUUGGUAC